CGAGAGUCCAAAUUCGAGUCUAUUCAAACUGGCAUUUAAAUCAACAGGAGUGAAGACCUCAGUAGACUAACUUACAAAAUCACUCCUGUUCGCGGUGUUACGAGAGUACUGUAGCGUUCACUUCGUUGGGAAACGGGUUUCCAGGGAAUAAUUCGGCCAUAUGCAGCGAUACCACGCCCGGAGUGGAGACUUUAACACGGGGGCAACACCAUUCAUGCAAAUAUUCCCAACCACUAGUUCACGGACAGGGGACUUUAGUACGGUCUAAAGAGGAACUACUGUGUUGUAUUGACUUUCAAUAUUGAACGCCAAAUAUAAAACAGUCUGUAAUGGAGUUAUUAAAUCCAAAGGAUCUGUUGCUUUCCUGAGUGAUAUAAAACCGUUAAACCGCAUCAGGAUUACAUGUCGAAUGCUGUAACAUUUUUCCAACCGCUGCAGAAAUAUUAGUGUACAAAUGAUCGGUUUAUGAUUUGGAUUCUUUCCUCAACGCGCUGCAGGGAAACGCUUUAUCUAAACGCCUGCAUUUGAGUUGGAACUGACGUUCUUUCGAUGGAAUUGCUGAAAAGCUCCGAAUUGUAAAUCGUCGCGGAGAAUCAUGACGCCGGACACCAUCAUGGCGUGCUGCCUCAGCGAGGAGGCGAAAGAAGCGCGACGGAUCAACGAUGAGAUCGAGCGGCAGCUGCGCCGCGACAAGAAAGACGCUCGACGCGAGCUCAAACUGCUUCUGCUGGGAACUGGAGAGAGUGGGAAAAGCACCUUUGUUAAACAGAUAAGAAUCAUUCAUGGCUCAGGCUACUCGGAAGAGGACCGGAGAAGCUUUACCAAGCUGGUCUACCAAAACAUCUUCACAUCUUUGCAGGCCAUGAUACGGGCAAUGGAUACUCUCCAGAUCCACUACAAAUAUGAACGUAAUAAGGCCAAUGCAAACAUUGUCAGAGAAGUAGACGUAGAGAAGGUCGUCUUGUUCGUCAGCCCCUAUGUAGAUGCCAUCAGGAGUUUAUGGAAUGACCCAGGAAUUCAGGAGUGUUAUGACCGGAGGAGAGAAUACCAGCUCUCAGAUUCCACAAAAUAUUAUCUAAAUUCACUGGAUCGCAUUGCCAACCCUUCCUAUCUUCCCACCCAGCAAGAUGUGCUCAGGGUCAGAGUGCCCACUACAGGGAUCAUCGAAUACCCCUUCGAUCUACAGAGUGUCAUAUUCAGGAUGGUAGAUGUAGGGGGGCAGCGGUCAGAAAGGCGGAAGUGGAUCCACUGCUUUGAAAAUGUCACCUCCAUCAUGUUCCUGGUAGCCCUCAGUGAAUAUGACCAAGUUCUCGUUGAGUCUGACAAUGAGAAUCGAAUGGAGGAAAGCAAAGCAUUGUUUAGGACGAUAAUAACAUACCCCUGGUUCCAGAAUUCAUCAGUUAUUCUUUUUCUGAACAAGAAAGACCUUUUGGAAGAGAAAAUAAUGUAUUCACAUCUUGUAGAUUACUUUCCUGAAUAUGACGGACCCCAGAGAGACGCUCAAGCCGCAAGGGAAUUCAUCCUGCAGAUGUUUGUCGACCUGAAUCCAGACUCCGAAAAAAUCAUUUACUCUCAUUUCACCUGCGCCACUGACACCGAAAACAUCCGAUUCGUGUUCGCUGCUGUCAAGGACACCAUCUUGCAGCUCACACUGAAGGAAUACAAUCUAGUCUGAAAAACGGCCGCUUAUGGUUUGGUCAUUGUCUUGCCGGGUUAAAGGACUCAUCAGUCUGCAGCUAGAGUCUGCCGUAAUGCUGUGAGCCAUUAAAGUCUGCUUUAACUGUUCGAGCGGUCGGCUGUCCCUGAUUCUGCUCUAUGAAAUUGGACACAAGUUAUUUCUAUCUGCUCGCUGCUUCGCCAUUAUUUAUUUGCACCUCAGAGCUACUUCACAGGGUUCAACUUGAAUGUUAUAAUUCCAUUUGAAUGAAAAAUGUUAUGUUAUGGAACUGAUUUUUUAAGGUUUAUUCUGUAGCAGGUUCUUCAAGUUGUACACAUUGAGCUGCUUGCUGUAAAUGUUAUGUAGAUUUAAUAAUAUUAAUUAUUCUGUGUGGUGAGGUUAUUAGAAAGCAAUGAAAAGUACUUCUAUAUUAUAACAUGGUAUUGUUUUUUAAGAGUCAGAGCAAGCUUAGUAGGGUCUUUCCUCAUUUCCAAGGCACAUGCAAUGGUAAAGAAUAGAUAACAGCUAGUUUACAUUAACAUUUGCAUGAAUAAUGCCAAAGUUCUUCUAAUGUGACUUUUAUUUACUGCCAAGCUAAUAAUCAUGCCACAGGUAAUAACUUGCCCUUGCCAGUAUCACUUAUUUCUGUACCAUGCCAGCUCUUUGUAAUUUUUCUUCUCAUUGUGUUCUUGGAACAGAUGAUUGUACAUCUGCUCUUCAAGACCUGAUCCAUUAAGAUCAGCAGUGUUCCACAACAUCAAGCCUGAACGAUGUGCCAAGUGAGCCGAUUCCUGUGUAAUCAUCCUACAAAUGUGCCAUUCGGAGAUUUUCUGUAACACUUGCAUACAUUUAGAUUUUUUUUACCCAUCACCUGUUCUCAAUGAGCCAAUGAUGCUCUUACUGCUGUUGUACUGACUUGACAGUGUGGUUAGUGUGGUGUAAUCAAGCUUUGGUCAAUAUUUGCAAUUGUUUUUUUAAAGACAGAUUUGUAAAGAGUAUCAUGUGACUAGAUGCGUGUCAAACAAAUGAAUGUUUUGUGUUGAGCCAAGAGUAAAGGACCAAAUUACUGUUGGGGGGGGGGGUUAUCACUGUUAGAUUUUCUGCUUCAAAAAAUUGUUUUCUUUUUUUUUGCAAUAAAAGGCUGCUAUUUUAGAGAGAAUUGUAUAAAAUUUGCUGUCCAAAUGUAACAACAA